GCCAAAAAUCCUCAACAUGGCGGAUCCAGCCCUAAGUGUUCUGGCCAAACGGCUCUGUUCUUUCCAUCCGUACGUGUGCAGACUAUUAACCUUUAUUUUUAAAUUAAAAAGAGAUUUAUUAGGCGGCACAAAAUGAAAGUAGGAUGCACACAGCUAGAAAAACAGUUAACCUGUUGUGACAGAACGGCUCAAUAUUUUUAUUAAAGACCAAUUGAGAAAAUAUUUUAGCCCUAAAUGAGUAAAAUGCAAUCAUAAAAUAAAUUGUCCCCAAAAUUCUACAUAGCCUUUAAAGGGAAGAUCACACAAAAAGUAGCUAAUAAAUCCAAGUGCAGGGGGACAGACUGACGAGACCCCUGGCAUGUUUGUAAACCACUCCAUUGUCUUCUAUAGGACUGAUUAAGCAUAAUCUAUGCUGUGGCGGCCCCUUAUCUUUUUGGCUGCUAGCGUCAGGCCCUCAGUAAUCCAAUAUUUAUCGCCUGUCUUUUAAUAUGAUGCUUUGUGGGGAAAUACCUUUAAAGGGGUUGUCUGUUAUUUUUUUUUGUUCUUUGUAUGUUUCUAACUGAGCAAAUGAGGGGGUUUCGACUGACUCACUUCAUUUACAAUGGCCCUGUUCUCCUAGUUAGCUGAGAGUCACAUGACCUGUGAUGUCAGUCUUUCCCUGCUAUGAUGAGGUGAGGGAGGAGGUCUGCCUCUGUGCAUGGAACCUCACUGUGAAGGCUGUUCUGGUUGGAGCCACAAGCCCCGCCCCCUGUACUGCCAGAUCUGCUGGCUGAGCUGCCUGCCCUGUGUCUCCCCUCCCACUGGAUUCCUCAGCAAAGUUUAACCCCUUCUACCAUCAGCAGCACAGACUCAGGGUUAGAGGCUCUGCCUCAGGUACUGAGCAGCUGCAGGGUUUCCUCCUAUCCAAGCACUGAAGAGACAAAUGCUGUGCAUAGGAUCUUCCCUCCCUCCUCACCUUACAGACACAGAACUGACAGACCGGAGGAGUUCUCUCCUCUACACUCUUCUGCUGUCUGCAGAGCAUUGCACAAGAACAGGCUCAUGAAGCUUCGCACCACCACCACCACCAUCAUCAUCAUCAUCAACAGCAGGCUGCCCAAAAUAGCCUGUUACCCCUCUUGGGAGCUCCGGUUGAACCUCCUGAUCAAAAGCCUAUGCUACCUAUACCUAUAACACAGAAACCUCAGCCGCAACCCUCUUCUGAACCUAUAAAAGAACCAGUUGUAGUAAAAAAAGAAAAACCCAAAACUUCCUUUAUUUGUACAUAUUGCAGCAAAGCCUUUAGAGACAGUUACCAUUUAAGACGCCAUGAGUCCUGCCAUACAGGAAUUAAGCUGGUGUCACGGCCAAAGAAAACACAGACUGCUCCGGUCGUGCCACUUAUAUCUACUAUUGCUGGAGACAAUAGCAGAACAUCCUUGGUUUCCACCAUUGCAGGCAUACUGUCGACUGUUACAACAUCAUCUUCAACUACAAUUCCUAGUGCCAGCACCAGCAUCCCGACUAUGCCCGUCACUCAGCCAGUGAAGAAGCCGAGCAAACCUGUUAAGAAAAACCACGCAUGUGAAAUGUGUGGGAAGGCAUUUCGGGAUGUUUAUCACUUAAAUAGACACAAGUUGUCCCAUUCAGAUGAGAAGCCUUUUGAGUGCCCAGUCUGCAAUCAGCGCUUCAAAAGAAAGGACCGAAUGACCUAUCAUGUCAGAUCUCAUGAAGGAGGGAUUACCAAGCCCUAUACAUGUAGUGUUUGUGGGAAAGGUUUUUCAAGACCCGACCAUUUGAGUUGUCAUGUCAAGCAUGUUCAUUCUACAGAAAGACCCUUCAAAUGCCAAACGUGUACUGCUGCCUUUGCUACAAAAGACAGGCUAAGAACACACAUGGUGCGCCAUGAAGGGAAGGUUUCAUGCAACGUGUGCGGCAAGCUUCUUAGUCCAGCCUACAUCACCAGUCACCUAAAGACGCAUGGCCAAAGUCAAAGUAUUAACUGUAAUACUUGUAAGCAAGGUAAAAAGUUUCAAGGAAUCUCUGCUCACCGUGGCACGCCGUCAGCUCUCCAUACACCGUGGUUCCCUGAUAGAGCCGGACAACUUCAUGAACUUCAAACUCCAGUUCAUUGUAGAAUCAAAUAUGAAGCUCCAGACUCGCUCUAUUGUGCUGUGGAUCAGAAUCAUAGGACCUUUUCAAUAGAUACAAGCAACAUGUGCCAAACUUCUACUGCACCUCAGACAUCUGUAACACUUACUUCUCCCUUCAAUAUUACAUCCUCCGUGGCAGCAUCAGGAACCCUGACCAACCCAGUAACAGUUGCAGCAGCCAUGAGUAUGAGGAGUCCUGUCAAUGUCUCAAGUCCUGUUAACAUCACUUCAUCUAUGAAUCUGGGGCAUCCAGUGACUAUAACUACACCAAUAUCAAUGACUUCACCUUUGUCUUUGACAUCACCGGUUAAUUUGCCUACGUCGGUCACUGCUCCAGUUAAUAUAGCACACCCAGUCACUAUAACCAGCCCUAUGAAUCUCCCAACUUCAAUGACUUUAGCUGCCCCAUUAAAUAUAGCUAUGAGGCCGGUGGAGAGUAUGCCAUUCUUAUCUCAAGCGCUACCUUCUACAUCACCUUGGUAAAGUAAAAUGGAUUUAUAGAUAAAUUUACAGCAGUAUUAUCGAGUUGUUCUGUAGUUCUCUACAAGCAACUUGUUUCUGAUAUAAGAAGGAGAUACAAUUUCAUUGCUCAUUUUUUAGUAUUUGGGAUUUGUUUGUCCUGGACCACAUCCACUUAGAGGAGAGGGAUAAACUAUAACUGAAGACUGAAUAUCGGCUAGAAGACUGUUUGACUGAUUUAAAACAAUAUUAGUAUUUUACCUGUUUUUUAAUGAUUUUAAUAACACUAGCAAGAUUUCUUUUUUUAUUAUUUGUAUACCAAUGAAUUGGAUACAUUCUUCUUUUUCUUUUCUUUUUUAAUCCCUUUCUUUUUGGGAGUGAUGUUCGUUCAGGCACCUUGUGUGCGAUUUUUUUAACUGUUAAUAUUCCAAGUAAUUGAAACCUGCAGAUUGCACAGUAAAUGUCUUCAUAUUAAUCUGCCUUUCACAGUGAUGAAUCACGUUUGCAAACAGUAUUCCAUAGGAAGAUGGAAGUACCCUACACUGGCAGGAAGGCAGAUACAAACAAAUCUGGUCUGUCUCACAUUGAGUGAAUGCCCAGGUUUAUACGCAAACAGUUCUAAAACAAGCAAAAAUACCAAGAAGCUUUUCCCUUUUGCUUCCUGAAUCCUCAGCAUUUGGAAUGUAAACAUUAUUUCCGUGUUUAACCUGAAGGGAAUAUUUGAUCGAGAUUAUUGGCAAAGAACAACAAAAUAGAGGCAUCUUCACAAAUUGCAAAGACUAUAGAUUCAGUAUGAAAUGGUUAUGGUGGUGUGCUUCCAAAGCUGGUGGUUCCAUCAUAUUCCCUCAGGAUGUUCUCCUCUGAAGCGUUGCUACCAUCCUUCGCUGAGGUGUCCAUUAUAGCACUAAACAGCACAUUAACCAGCAUGAAACAAACAUACGGAAUGCCUGUCAUCUGAAAAUGAAACACAAAAAUUGGGUGUAGAAGCACAAGAACUGAAUGUGUUAAUCUUUACCCAUUUGGAUUGCUGAUGGGUCAGAAAGUUGAGAAGGAACUGUUGUCUUCUAUUAAAAUUGUAUACAGUUUGAUUUUUCUAACCACUAACUAGGUAGUGAGCCCUACAAGACAAACCAAGAUUAUAUUGAGAUAUAUUUGUGGUUUUUGUUUUGAGUUCCCUUUUUCUUUCUCCCCCUUAUGAAAUUUCUUAAUUGUGUGCUGUAGAAAUCUGUGUUCGGUGUGUAAAUAUGUUAGCAUUUUUUAUAUCCAGAUCCUUGUUCUUGCUAGUAUUAUUCUUUUAGCGAAAGUGGGAUAUUGCAUAUUUGGGCCUGUUCCCAAUAGCACUUGCUUUUUGGUCAGAUUACACACUUAAGAACACCUCAUUCAUUACUUAUAGCUAUAUUUUUUUAUUUUUUACUUUAUUCCUCAUCCGACAUGUUACCCAAACCGUAGUCAACCAAAACAAGAUUUCUACUUUUAGAGCAUCAUGUGAACUGAACUUUUUUUUCUCAUUAUAGAUAUGCAUUAAAUUCUUAAAUUGCUGUAGAUACUAGCAAACACAUUUUAUAAUCAAUGUGUUGCAGACUGUUCCAGCCAUUCAGUUUAGCGAUACUUAAAAAAAAAAAAAAGAGAAAACUCUACAUUUACUUUUUUAUCAGAUUGAGAGUAAUUUUUAUUUAUACAUUUCAACCUAUUUUCUGCUGCAUGAAUUAUUUUAUACCAGCAGAUAAUGAGGACAAUGGAUUAAGUAGAUCACGUAUUCUAAAAAUAAAGGCCUAUUCAGCCAUUGCAGUACAAAAAAUGGCAUGCUUUAAAAGAGGACACUUCUCAUAUGAGAAGCCUUUGGAUAGAAAAUUACAGACAGUGUGGGGGCUAUAUACAAUAAAUAGAAUUCAGUGUAAAAAUAUUUUAUAACUGAUCUUUUAUAUUGUAGGACAUAAACUGUACAUCUUUUGUAUAUACAAAAGCUUAGGUACUUUCUGUUUAGCAGAAAGCAACCACAUUCCUACACUUUUAAUGUAUAUGUUUGUUAUAUUGUCUGUGUAAACACAUGCCCCUUGUUUGUGCCUUUUUAAUUAGUUUGUCUCAAUAAACAAAAUGUAGAGAGUUUUCUCA